AUGCAUGUGGCUUUGGGAGUCUGGCUCGUGAUUCCCCCUGCAGAAGGAUUCAGCUGUGGGAGAGGCCCAAGAUGUGGCGUGCCGAGAGGCCAACGUGUAUCUCUGGUUACUCGGCGCCAAACACCCAGAAGGAACCUUGAACCUGUGCCAGCUACGGUGCCUGUAGUCCGGCCACGAGUUGAGGCACGCUUCCUGCCGGUAUGGUUUACCUGCGUUGCAGCUGACUGGCUACAAGGACCUUAUUUGUACACUCUGUAUGCUGAUCGUAGGCUUAGUAGCUACAUGAUAGCGAAGCUUUUUGCGGUUGGCUUUGUUUCAUCUGCAGCGCUGGGCGCCAUUGCUGGCCGCCUUUGUGACCAAAUCGGAAGAAGACGCGGCUGCCUCUUGUAUUGUGCGAUUUGUUGUGUCUCCUGCAUCCUGACGCAUAGUCUUGACCUUGGACUCUUGGUAUUUAGCCGCCUUCUGGGUGGUAUUGCCGAUAGCUUGCUCCACACGGCAUUCGAAGCAUGGGCCAUCGAGGAGCACAAGCAAUGCCCAGCUCCGCCACAAGCGCUGAAUCGCUUGCUCUCUCGCAUGUGGUCAGGGAGCUGGUUAGUUGCCAUUUUCUCGGGCAUUAUUGGAAGCCUCGCGGUAAGCGCUCUUCCACGACAGCUGUGCAACCUGCGGCUCGAAGGUGUUGAUUUGCGCUUGGUUUGUGGAGGGCCCGUGGCAGCCUUCGACUUGGCCGCGCUUUGCUGCGUGAUUGGGGCGCUUCUGAUCAUGUGGACGUGGCCUGCACAAGAGCCACACCUGCCGGACCUGGAAAGCUCAAUCCGAUGGGGCCCCCCGAAGCCCAGGAGCGUGCGCCCGGAUCUGGCGAGAUGGCUCCGCGGCUUCGCGGGGAUUCGCAAGGUCAUCACGGACCCAGUGAUUCUCUAUGGAGCCAUCACCGCUGCAUUCGAAGGAGCACUUUUUGUAUUCGUGUUCAACUGGUCCCCGCUACUUCUUCAUGGAUGGCCUGGCCUCGCUCCGCAUUUGGGGCUGGUAUUCGCGCUUUUCAUGUCUUGCUGUGCCGGUGGGUCCUUUUGCUUCAAGUACUUGUCGGAGCUUUGGUCUCCGGCAAAGCUUCUCAUGCCAAUUCUGAUUAUGGCGUCAGCAUCUCUUUCUGGCGCGGCCUAUGCUGCGCACACCAACUCAGCGCUUGCGGCCCUGGCUGCAUGUCUUCUCUUCGAAGUGGCUGUGGGCAUGUAUUUCCCAUGCACUAGCUCUUUGAAGAGCGACAUGGUGCCAGAUCGAAUACGUGGUCUGGUAUACAGCCUGUACCGGGUGCCGCUAAACAUGCUGGCGCUGGGAGUGCUUUUGGGAGUGCCUUCACAGGACUCUGCCCUGGCACUUUGCGCUGUGGUGCUUAUGCUGGUGGCGGCGUGGACUGCAAUGGUGCGGAGAAGGGGCGAUUCGGCGUGA